CAAAAUGCGGAUUCAACCUGAGCGCAAUUGAGUUGGCGUUGAUGUUGUCUGCACACAUUCAGAAAACUGCCGGCGUCAGUGUCACUAGUGACGUUUACACUUGACAGUCUGAACUAUGGCCGUAAAUACCAAAGACUUGGCGCCAUUACAAUUUCCAAAAAUUCACCCCGAACAAGCGGCCCGCGAGUUCUUGCACUCGAAGGCGUUUGACUCUGUGGUCAAGAAGUGUCCGGAAUGGGACGUCGCGCGCGCCGAUCCCACCGGCGAGCUGGUGCUGCAGAAGCGCGAACUGCACAAUGCCGAGGCGCGGCUCGCCAAGAAAAAGGAGGAAGCCGUUCGGAAACGCGAGGAAGUCGACGCGCUCUGGCGAAACCUGGACCAGAAAGAGAACGUGCUCAGAUCUAACUUUGUCAAGUUCAACCGGUUUAUCAAAGAAAACCAAGAGAAGCGCGAGCGCGCCGAGAGAAAGCGAACCGAGGCGACUGUCAACGCCAACAAAACUGAGGUCGCCAUUUACAAUUUGGACUUGGAGUACAAAUACAUGGCGGACAUUAAGUCGAGAAUGGAGAAGAACAUUAAGAGCCAUUGGAUGUACGAGGACUACCUGUUGAGGGUGACGAAGUCGUACCCGAUCUUUCGCACGUACGACGCGAUCUUGGACCGCUACGAAGCGUUAGCGGAGGCGAGAAAGGUCCUCUCCGAUCGGCAGGAGGAAGACUUGAGCACGCUGGAGGAGGCGAGAGCGAACGUGAUCAAGAUGACGGAGUCGAAGACCUUGGAGGUGAUGGGGCUGUAUAACUUAAUCGCCGAACUGCAAAUUCGCUACGAAGUAGCCAAGACCAAGGCCUUGCAUUGGGAGACGAUGGUUGCGCGCAUCAACUCCGAGCUAAAGGCCAGAUUGGAAGAUCUGCAAAACGUAAGGCAGGCCUGUUGGGCUUUGUAUUUGUCGAUGUGUUCUCGGAAGGAGGUCGAGUCGAGUUUGUCCGAGGAGAACGUUGAGCACCAGUUGCUCUUCAUCAAGUCCACAAUGGGAGAGCUUAAGGGCAUUACUAAGAUUGCUCAACGAAGAGCCAACAAGGAGCUACUUGCGAAAUCAGACUCAAACAAACAGAAAUGAAUCACGCCUUUGCAGGAAUACA